AUGACGCCCUUGAAACAUCGAACAUCUUUUUUUUUAUUUCUGAUUACUUUAAAGAAUAUACCAGUCGAUGUAGAAUUUCAUGCUGAUUACGAAUAUCAGACUUUUGUUACACCAUCAUAUGACGAUAAACUAUUGGAAGUUGUUGCUGUAACAGGCUGCAUUCAUUUAGCUGUUUCACGUUUGAUGAACAUUCGAAGCAAUCGAAUAGCUCAAUGUCGAACGGUUCGAAUUAUAAUACAAGGUGAAUCGAGUAUACCUGUUCAAGUUGACGGUGAAGCGUGGCUACAACAUCCCGGGCAAAUUCAAAUCGUUCAUAAAAAUCGGGCACAAAUGCUCUCACGUGAUAAGGCGUUUGAAAAUACAUUAAAAGAAUGGUCAACAAUAAAACAAGAAACGCAUGGUAUUUGGUUAACAAAAGAUGAAAGUACGAAUAUUGGCUUAUUAAUUGAAAUAGCCAUUGUACUGAUAAAAAGAGUUAAAACAAUUGCACUGAAAUUGCCAUUAUUUGAAUCGGAACUUCAUGAUUACGCUAAACAAGCUUCAGCACAUUUAGAACAGAUUUAUGGAGGCGAAAAACUACUCAAUCCUUGUAUACGACAAAAAGCAUUAGAUUUUAUUAAUAGUAUACAAACAUUAACUGAAGAAACGAGUUUAGUUUUAUUAAAAGUAAAAUCAUCAUCCGAAAUUAUUAUUGAUCAAGAAAUUUUGACAAAACUUGAACAUGCCAUCAGUGAUAUGAGUAAAAACUUACGAAUAAUAACAAAAACCAGUGAUGGAAGAAUUAUUAGAAGAGAAAAUGAUGAUGAGGAUGACAUUCAUUUUGUUCAUCAUCAUCAACGGCGUAAACGGUCAAAAUUUAGUUUGGUAACAAAAAUCAAGCGUUCAAAAGCAAAACAUAAAGAUGACCGAGAACUUUUGAAAGCACUAUGGGCAAUUCCAAUAGAGUGUUGGGAUGCUAGAGAACAAGUUGGAUUAUGGUUAGACGCCAUUGAACUUGGUGAAUAUAAAAGUGCCUUUAUUCGACAUGACAUUCGCGGCACAGAACUUAAACAUUUAGAACGACGAGAUCUUAAAGUUUGUAUUUUGUUACUGUUUGAAAAAUGA